UUUCGUUGCCGCGGCCGCAUCCAUCAAUGGUCUUUAUGCGAUUCCGCCCCCAGCUCAUCUUCUCCUCACUCCUCCGCUCCACCCCUAAACCCAGAACCCAGCCCGCCGCAACCCUAGCCGCCACAGCGCGCCGCCGGCACCACACCACCGUCGCCGUCACCUCCAUGGCCGCGCCGUCGGAGGACGCGCUGCGGCGCGCGCUCGCGGAGCGCCAGGCCGCCGCGGACGCGCAGGCCGAGGCCGUGCGCGCGCUCAAGGCCGGCGGCGGCGCGUCCAAGGCCGACGUGGACGCCGCGGUCGAGGCGCUCAAGGCGCUCAAGGUCGAGGCCGGAGCCGCCGCGCGCCGGCUGCAGCAGGCGCUCGGGGCCGGCGCGGGUGGCGCCGCGAGGGAGGAGCUGCGGCAGGCGGUGGUGAACACGCUCGAGCGGAAGCUGUUCUACAUACCCUCCUUCAAGAUCUACCGCGGUGUCGCGGGGCUCUAUGAUUAUGGCCCGCCCGGGUGCCGCGUCAAGGCCAACGUGCUUUCCUUCUGGCGCCAGCACUUCGUUUUGGAAGAGAACAUGUUGGAGGUUGACUGCCCCUGUGUGACGCCUGAGGUUGUCUUGAAGGCAUCAGGCCAUGUUGAGAAGUUUACUGACCUCAUGGUUAAAGAUGAGAAGACAGGCACAUGCUACCGUGCUGACCACUUGUUGAAAGAUUUUUGCAAGGAGAAACUUGAGAAAGACCUUGCCUUGCCCCAAGAGAAGGCUGAUGAAUUGAAGCGUAUUCUUGCCAUUUUGGAUGACCUCUCGGCAGAGGAACUUGGUGCAAAGAUUAAGGAAUACGGCAUUGUUGCCCCUGAUACAAAGAAUCCGCUUUCUGAUCCCUACCCAUUCAAUCUUAUGUUCCAGACAUCUAUUGGUCCCACUGGUCUUAGCGUGGGGUAUAUGCGACCAGAGACUGCACAGGGUAUUUUUGUAAACUUCAAGGACCUGUACUAUUACAAUGGCCAAAAGCUCCCCUUUGCAGCUGCUCAAAUCGGCCAAGCUUUUAGAAAUGAGAUCUCACCACGACAAGGUCUUCUCCGAGUGCGUGAAUUUACAUUGGCAGAGAUUGAGCAUUUUGUGGACCCAGAGGACAAAUCACAUCCAAAAUUUGUUGAUGUUGCUGAUCUGGAGUUCCUGAUGUUUCCAAGAGAGUUGCAACUCUCAGGGGAGUCAGCCAAGCUAAUGAAGCUUGGGGAAGCAGUUUCAAAGGGAACUGUUAACAAUGAGACACUUGGUUACUUCAUCGGAAGAGUCUAUCUUUUCCUGACAUGUUUGGGAAUCGAUAAGGGUAGGUUGCGCUUCAGGCAGCAUCUACCUAAUGAGAUGGCUCAUUAUGCUGCUGACUGUUGGGAUGCUGAGAUAGAGUGCUCUUAUGGGUGGAUAGAGUGUGUGGGUAUUGCUGAUAGAUCUGCAUAUGAUUUGAAAGCUCACACUGAGAAAAGUGGUGUCCCACUUGUUGCUCAUGAAAAAUUCUCCAAACCUAGAGAGGUUGAGAAACUUGUCAUAGUUCCCUCGAAAAAAGACCUGGGGCUGGCUUUUAAGGGCAACCAAAAGAUGGUCCUUGAAGCAUUGGAGGCUAUGAGUGAGAAGGAAGCAUUUGAGAUGAAAGCUGAACUAGAAACCAAGGGGGAGACAAAUUUUAGAGUCUGCACACUUGGAAAAGAUGUGGUGAUUACAAAGAAGAUGGUAUCAAUCAGCAUGGAGAAGAAGCUGGAACAUCAGCGAGUCUUCACCCCUUCGGUCAUCGAGCCGUCAUUUGGCAUAGGCCGGAUCAUCUACUGCUUGUUUGAGCAUUCAUUUUACACAAGGCCUAGCAAAUCAGAAGAGGAACAACUGAAUGUCUUCCGGUUCCCUCCUCUUGUGGCUCCUAUCAAGUGCACCGUGUUCCCCCUCGUUAAAAAUCAAGAGUUUGAUGCUGCUGCCAAAGUAAUCGCUAAGGCAUUAACAACUGCCGGUAUCUCCCACAUUAUUGACACUACUGCAAUUUCUAUUGGGAGGAGAUAUGCGAGGACAGACGAGAUUGGUGUUCCAUUUGCUGUAACAGUGGAUUCAGCAACAAACGUGACGAUCCGAGAGAGGGACAGCAAGGAGCAGAUCCGUGUGGACAUCAACGAGGUGGCAUCCGUGGUGAAGCAGCUGACAGAAGGCCAAAGCACCUGGGCAGAUGUUUCUGCAAAGUAUCCUGCCCAUGUUGGUCCCCAAGGUGACCAGGAGUGAUAAAUCCUGCCACCCUUAUGUCUAGCCAUCGAUUGAGAGGGCAUCAGGAUUGAUUGUCUUCAUUCUCCAAUUGGCGAGAAGAUAGACUAGCCUAAACAUAACCGCUUUUGGUAUUGACACGAUCCAGCAAGGCAGUUUUUUCCCCAUACAUACAUGAUACGUGCUAUAGCAGUUGGAUGUUAUGAAGUCUGCAGAUGUCACCAAUGUUUUUGUUUCUUUUAAAUGUCUCUUUCUUGAUAUAUUCUGACCCAUACAAAACUUACCAUUUGAGUUACUUUUGAACUGGCUCUCCUUAUGUAAGGUCAGACUGAGAAUUGUUCAGCUAUCUACAGUGGAAUUGGAAUUUCAGUUACUUAUCUCAA